AUGGAGAGUAAAUUAAAGAAACUUGGUUUUGAAGGCAGCAAAAAGCUCAAAAAAGCACCGCCAAGUUACAGCAUUAAAGGUGUUGUCAGCUUUCUGAAUGAAAUUGCGAAUGCAAAUGGUCACAGGCUUGCCAUUUCACUUGGCAUGGGUGACCCCUCUUGUUUCAAGUGCUUUAGGACUGCUACUAUAGCUGAAGAUGCCGUAGUUGAAGCUCUCCGUUCAGCUAAAUUCAAUUUUUAUGCUCCCAUUGGUGGUAUUCCUCCUGCAAGAAAGCUUUUUGAUCUUCUUCCCGAAAGAGGCUGGGAGGUUGAUCUAGAUGCCAUUGAAGCUAUUGCAGAUGAGAACACCAUUGCUAUAGUUAUUAUCAAUCCUGGCAAUCCUUGUGGAAGUGUUUACUCAUAUGAACGUUUGAUUAAGAUUGCAGAAACUGCAAGAAAGCUUGGGAUUAUUGUGGUUUCUGAUGAAUUAUAUGGUCAUGUUGUUUUUGGGAGCAAACCAUUUGUUCCCAUGGGUGUGUUUGGAUCAACUGUGCCUGUUAUUACUCUUGGAUCUAUAUCGAAAAGAUGGAUGGUUCCCGGUUGGCGGCUUGGGUGGCUAGUGAUAAGUGAUCCUACUGGUUUGCUUAAAAAAUGUGGGAUUUCUGAUUCCAUCAUAAAUGUUCUCAAUCCCACCCCUUUCUCUCCAACCUUCAUUCAGGCUGCUGUUCCUAAAAUCCUAGAGAAAACAACAGAGGAUUUCUAUACAAAAACUAUUGACAUCCUUAGAGAAGCUUCAGACUUUUGUUACGAUAAACUGAAGGAGAUACCGUGCAUUACUUGCUCCCAAAAGGCAGAAGGAGCCAUGUUUGUUAUGCUUAACUUUUCGCUUCUUGAAGAUACUGAGGAUGACAUGGAAUUCUGUCUCAAGCUAGCUAAAGAGGAAUCUCUUCUCAUUUUACCAGGUGAGCACCAAGCAGAGCCCUCAAAUAGCUACAGAUGGGCCAUUGCAGGAAAAUCUAUCCUGCUAAACAAUCGACGCAUUUAUCAUCCUUCCCAUGUAUGUGAUGAAAUCAAACCUUCGAAGGAUGCUCAAGCGGCCAAAGAAUAG